UAAAUAAAGCCAAAAUCUUUACCCAAAAUAAUAGUAAAGAAAUUAACUAAAUCCAAACUGUGAAGAAAAAUAUUGGGUUUUGGAGUGGAAGAGAUUAUGAACAUUUUAAUUGUGAUAUCAAAGCCUUAAAAAGAGGGGAGUAUGACCCACAAGAGAGGCCCAGUUACUUUGGACAAUUGCAAUCCAUGGCUUUGAACACCAACUGUUUGACGAAAAUGGCCAAAGAAGAAGUUCACCAACAGCAACAUCACCAACUGGGUCUCUGUCUUUGUCUCUCUCUUUCUCUCUCUCCCAGUUCACUCUCUCAACCUCACCACCAACACCUCUAUCCUCUUUUUCUCUCUUUUUCCAUUUUUCUCUCUGGAUUUUCUUGCUCUCCAUGGACCGAAGUGACAAGCAGCAGCAGCUGUCGUUGGCCAAGUGCGCGCGGCAGCGAUGCAAUGAAGAAUGGAUUUUUCGAGAUGUUCCAAGUGAUAUUACCAUAGAAGUGAGUGGAGGGACGUUUCAUUUACAUAAGUUCCCUCUUGUCUCUCGAAGUGGGCGAAUCCGAAAAUUAGUUGCAGAACAUAGGGAUUCUGAUAUGUCAAGGGUAGAGCUUCUUAAUUUACCAGGAGGUGCAGAGUCCUUUGAGUUGGCAGCAAAAUUCUGUUAUGGAAUCAACUUCGAAAUUACAUCUAUGAAUGUUGCUCAGCUGUGCUGUGUUUCUGAUUACCUUGAAAUGACUGAAGAGUUUUCAAAAGAUAAUCUUAAUUCUCGUGCUGAAGAAUAUAUUGAGAGUAUUGUUUGCAAGAACCUUGAAAUAUGUGUUGAGGUUUUGCAACAAUGUGAAAACCUGCUCCCUCUUGCAGAUGAGCUGAAAAUAGUUAGCCGUUGCAUAGAUGCAAUAGCCUCAAAGGCUUGUGCAGAGCAAAUUGCUUCAAGCUUCUCACGCUUAGAGUACAGCAGCUCAGGAAGGCUUAACAUGAACAGGCAAGCGAAGCGUGACGAGGACUGGUGGAUAGAAGAUAUAUCUGUUCUGCGGAUUGACUUGUAUCAAAGAGUCAUGACGGCAAUGAAGUGCCGUGGGGUCCGUCCUGAGAGUAUUGGUGCAUCCCUCGUUGGUUAUGCCCAGAAGGAGUUGACAAAGAAAUCCAGCUUAUGGAAUCCAUCUAGCCAGGCAAAAGCUGAUUUUCUUUCAGGUUCAAAUGGGCAUGAAAAACUUGUGGUUGAGACAAUUGUCAGCCUCUUACCUGUUGAGAAACUUGCUGUUCCAAUCACAUUCCUUUUUGGACUUUUGCGAAGUGCAGUUAUGCUUGAUUGUACAGUUGCUUGUAGGCUUGAUCUGGAGAGGAGGAUUGGGUCCCAGUUGGAUAUUGCUACACUUGAUGAUCUUCUGAUACCUUCUUUUAGGAAUGCAGGCGAUACCUUAUUUGAUGUUGAUACAGUUCAUAGAAUUUUGGUAAAUUUCUCACAGCAAGAUGAUAGUGAAGAUGAUAUGGAAGAUGCCUCUGUUUUUGAAUCUGAUAGUCCUCAUUCACCUUCCCAAUCUGCCUUGUUCAAAGUUGCAAAAUUAGUGGAUAAUUACCUUGCCGAAAUUGCUCCUGACGCAAAUCUCAAGCUUGCUAAGUUCAUGGUCAUUGCAGAGGCUUUGCCGACACAUGCACGCACCGUUCAUGAUGGCUUGUAUCGAGCCAUUGAUAUUUACCUGAAGGCACAUCAAGGUUUACCAGAGUUUGACCGGAAGAAGCUAUGCAAAAUGAUUGAUUUCCAAAAGCUCUCGCAGGAAGCUGGUGCACAUGCUGCACAAAAUGAGCGCCUCCCUCUCCAAUCUAUUGUACAAGUGCUCUACUUUGAGCAAAUAAGGCUUCGAAAUUCCUUGAGCUGUUCGUAUGGAGAUGACGACCACAAGCCAAUGCACCAGUCAUGGCGGAUCAGCAGUGGUGCGCUAAGUGCAGCAAUGUCUCCACGAGACAACUAUGCAUCAUUGAGACGAGAAAAUCGUGAGCUAAAACUUGAGCUAGCGAGGUUGCGGAUGAGGCUAAAUGAUCUGGAGAAAGAACAUGUUUGUAUGAAAAGGGAUAUGGAGAAGUCCAAUUCUCGUAAGUUUAUGAGUUCUUUCUCAAAGAAAAUUGGUAAACUGGGCUUCUUUGGACAUAGUUCUUCGAGGGGAUCAAGUUCUCCAUCAAAGUAUUCGCAUAGAACAGACUCUAAGGUUAUUGAGAGAACAUGUGCAAGCACAGAAUAGGUAAUUAACAUCACUCGGUUUUUUUUUUUUUUUUCUUCCCUUGUAUCUGUUGAGUAUCUGCACGUCAUGUUUGUGGUGGCCUUUUCACUUUAUAAUGUUUCUUUUUUCCUUUUUGGCCACCUUGUAAAUGAUUUCUGGUGCUUUGAGUUAGCAAGAUAGGGGGCUCUUCUCGAUUGCAAGUGAUGGUUUUUGGUGGCUACUGCUUUGAUGUUUAUACAUAUUUAAAAUACUUUUGAUGUGACAAUUAAGUUCAUGAUAAAUGGUAAAUUCUUUGGUACCAUUCCAUA